AUGAACUCACAACCUGUACAACAGUCCGCUACGAACUACAAGGAGGCAUUCUCCCUGUUCGACAAGAGAGGCAAUGGCCGCGUCUCGCUCGAUUCCCUCGGCGACCUACUGCGCGCGUGUGGUCAAAAUCCAACACUGGCCGAGAUCAGAGAUCUGGAGAAGAACGUUGGCGGCGAUUUUGACUUCGACUCCUUCAGCAAAGUCCUCAACCGACCAGGCGGCUUCAGAGAUCCAGGCGAGCCUGAAGAAUACUGCCGUGGCUUCCAGGUCUUCGACAAGGACAUGACCGGCUUCAUCGGCGUCGGUCAACUGCGCUACAUCCUCACAAACCUGGGCGAGAAGAUGAGCGAUGAUGAGGUCGAUGAGCUGCUCAAGGCAGUCGAUACCAGCAGCGGAGAGAUCAACUACAUGGACCUAGUCCGGACAAUCCUCGCGAACUAA